CAACCUCAAACAGUCACACUCCAAACUCCACUAUGGCCAAGACCAAAGAGCUGUCAAAGGACACCAGAAACAAAAUUGUAGACCUGCACCAGGCUGGGAAGACUGAUUCUGCAAUACUUAAGCUGCGGACAAGGCUCUGACAGAUGGGUGUGUCUUGGUGGGUGUGUCACAUCAACCCCCCCCAGACCCAUAUUAAGCCUAAUUCUGGGAUAAACAUGGAGAUUCUCUUAAAGUAUCAUUGCUCAGCAGGGACCACAGUAUGCGGACUCACAGAGAGAAAACACUACUUUAACAUUACAGCGCCACCCUCUGGACUGGAAGCAGAACUGCUCUCACUCGUUCUGUAUAUGCUGUGUUCCGUCAUGUUCUGAAGUACUGUCAGCUGGCUGGUAAAAUGAAAUCUGUUUUCUAGACACACACACACACACACAAAGGCACCUGUCUGGAACGUUCUGGUCUCUGAUUGGUUAACCAUAGAGGGAGAGAGAGAGCAACCUGACAAUCUGUUCUUAGGUUUCUGAAUCUGAGCCACAAGGUUAGGUUAGGUUUCUGACUGAGAUAAUACCUGUGGGAAAGCAUACAGAGUUCUGGUUCAGUGAGGGAGAAGAUAAAUAUUCCGGAAGUCUCCACUCUGAAACCAACAAGGACAGGACACUAGAACAGCAGAACCAGCCAACCAGUGCAGCAAAAGCCUAUUCUACAGACAGGUCAGAACAGUACAGGACAUCCUAGAACAGAAACUAGCAUUCUAGAACAGAACAGGGUAUUUUAGAACAGGACAGGACACACUAGAAGAGGUACAGGACAUUCUAGAACAGAACAGGACAUUCUAGAACAGAACAGGGUAUUUUAGAACAGGACAGGACACACUAGAAGAGGUACAGGACAUUCUAGAACUGGACAGAACACUCUCGAGGAUGAGGAACCUCCUGACCACCGAGAACCAGAACUGUUACCGGGAGCAGAUCGAGAAGGAGUGCUACACCCGGCUGGCCUGGAAGAGCCGCUACGGACGAGACUACCCCAGCAGUUUCGUCUCCUGCAGGGCCAAUGAGCAGAUAAGGCUGAGGCUCCCUGAGCUUCCCCUGACCACUAAGACCAUCCUGCCUCCUGUGUUAUCUACCCUGGAGAGGAGGAGAGAGGCUGCAGUGCCCAUGGACAGGUCACUGAGCGAGGCUCCCCUGAUGAGAGAAGUGACACCCCAGACGAAGGAAUCUCUCUACCAGGGUUUUUCCAAGGAGGGGAAGGGGCGUAGCCUGUACCUCCAUACACGCACCCAGAAAGGCCCAGAGGAGAAGUUUGACUACCCUCUACUGUCUUCCUGGGACUACGGAUGGAGACUGGGUGACUAUGGAAGAGACUACAGGUCGCCAGCCAAUGGGAGAUCAGGAGUCGUGAGGAACAAUUUUUACGCCAGGAAUGGAAUAUUCAAUUUUCCCUCCGAAACGGAUCGUCUUGGAUGACAAGCGAAAGGCUUCAUUUUUCAGCUGGUUUUAUACUUUAUUCUUAAAUUCUCUCGAUAUUGAUGAAGACGAACUUUAAUUUGUUUUUCGCUGUAUAAGCAUGCUAUCUUUGUUUGCUUUACAACAAAUAUAUUCUCUUCUAUAGGAUAUACAGAUGUAUGUUAGCUAUAAAUUAUGUUCAUAUGCAAUUCUUAUGAAAACACUGUUACUUUACAUAUACAAACUAUUAUAACUGUUGGAGAAAACGUGUUAUAAUAUAUGUUUGG